GUAGUCAGACGCUAAACUCAGCUGAGCUCCGACCAGAGUUCAGCAUUUUGGUAUCCGGGAGCCUCUUGUGACAGUCAGCUGAUCUAAACCCGGAUAUGUGAAAGCUCUGAGCUCUCCUGUCUGACAACAAGUGGACUCACAAUUACUUUAAAACGGGUAGAAAUGGCCACAAACCCGCCCAAGUUAAAGACAAAGAUAGCUGCUAACGAGAGGAUGAAAAACUUAAAAGAAACCUUUGAGUCAAAGUAUGGGGAAUCUCCUCUCUUCUAUGCAUUUGCACCUGGAAGGGUAAACCUAAUAGGUGAACAUAUUGAUUACUGUGGCUAUUCUGUGCUUCCAAUGGCCAUCGAGCAGAAUAUCCUCGCAGCUGUGUCAGUGAACAAUUCAGGGAAGAUCCAGCUGGCCAACGCAAAUCCUAAAUACAAGGAUUUCAGUGUGUCGUGUUCAGAGGAAAUUGCCAUAGAUAGAGAUGAUCCACAGUGGUAUUAUUAUUUUCUCUGUGGGGUUAAAGGUAUUCAGGAGAAGUUUGGGCUAAACCAUUUAGCAGGGAUGUCCUGUGUCAUAGAUGGAACGAUCCCUCCGAGCUCCGGCCUGUCCAGUUCUAGUGCCUUAGUUUGUUGUUCUGGCCUCGUAACAAUGGAGGCAAACCAAAAGUCCCUCUCCAAGGUGGCUCUUGCGGAGAUUUGUGCCAAAAGUGAGCGAUACAUUGGCACAGAGGGAGGAGGCAUGGACCAGUCAAUUUCAUUCCUGGCAGAGGCAGGAACUGCAAAGCUGAUAGAGUUCCAGCCCCUGCGUGCUACCGAUGUCAAACUCCCCGAUGGUGCCGUGUUUGUGAUUUCCAACUGCUGCGUGGAGAUGAACAAAGCUGCUUCCUCUCACUACAACAUCCGUGUGGUGGAGUGUCGGAUCGCCACGAAGAUGCUGGCCCAGGCGCGGGGUGUGGACUCUAGCAGGCUGUUGAAGCUGGCUCAUGUUCAGAUGGAGCUGAAGGCCUCCCUGGAGGAGAUGCUGGCUCUGGUGGAAGAGGUGCUGCAUCCUGAGCCUUACAGCCGAGAGGAGAUAUGCAAGGUGCUGGGCAUCACCUCGGAGCAGUUUUCAAUAGAGCUGCUCAGCGCUAAUACUCAGGACAUGACGCAGUUCAAGCUUCACCAACGAGCCAAACAUGUGUACGGGGAAGCUGCACGAGUCUUGCAGUUCAAGAGCGUGUGCGACUUUGAACCCGCCGAUGCCACGCGGCUACUGGGAGAGCUGAUGAACCAGAGCCACGCAAGCUGCAGGGACCUCUACGAGUGCAGCUGCCCUGAACUGGACCAAUUAGUUGAUAUCUGCCUGAAGUCAGGGGCUGUGGGUUCCCGCCUGACAGGAGCAGGGUGGGGAGGCUGUGCCGUUUCCAUGGUUCCCAGUGAGAAGGUGGAGUCUUUCUUACAAGCUGUUAGAGAAGAAUACUACCUCCCUGAUCCACGCAGGGCAGCGAUGGAAAAACAAAGUCUGUUUGUAUCAAAGCCAGGUGGUGGAGCUGCAAUUUUCCUCGAGGAGUGAUCUUCAUAAUCCAUUUCAGUUUUUAUACCGGUUUUUAUACCGCAGUCAUUCAGUUUCAGUUAAAUGGGUUUCAGAUGGGUUUCAGUUUCAGAAAUAAAUGAGAUUUUCUUACACUUGUGACUAAUGAUAUGAUGACUGAUAAAUUUACCUUUUUCUCUAUGCUGGAAAAUAAGGGCCAAAGAUUUGCUUCAGUGGUGCAUUCAAACAUGUUCUUUUUUUAUUAUGUUCUGAUGUAAGAUUUUUCUUGAGAAGUCAUUGUCUGUCUGAACAUUUUUCUCAUAAACAAAAAGAAAGCAAAUUUAAGAAAAACAACAACAACAAAAACAAACUUGUGCUGUAUAAAAUUCAUCUAUAUUAAAAUUUCAGACACUAACAUUAAAAGGCAAAAAAACCCUCUCUCCAUGUGCAUUAAUGGAACCGUAGACUGUUGGGGUUGGAGUGUACUAAAGACAUUAAAAGGCUCAAAUGCUGGAUGUUAACUUCUGCACAGUAACAUUUUUUACUUCAUAAAAGAGCAGUGAUUGUUGGAGGCUUAGAGGUCUAUGCAUCAUAUGCAAAAGAAAUGGGGAGUUUCGUAGGAGAUAAAAGUGGCCCCUUUUAUGUUAUUCAUGUAAAAUGAUAAUAAAAAUUAAGUAUGAAUCAAGUAAAUGGUUAAAAUGCAAAUCCAAGAGUUUGUGAGAGAGGCAAGAGAUGGUUUGGAGAUGUGGAGGAGAGAGUGGUUAUUUUAUAAUAUGAAGCUGCCAGGCAGGAGGAAAAGAGGAAGGAGGUUCAUGGAUGUGGUGGAGGAGGACAUGCAGAGAGGUUGGUGUGACAGAGGAAGAUAUUAUGGAUAGGCUGAGAUGGAGGCAGAUAAUCUGUGGUGAUCCCUAAUGAAAGCAGCCGAAAGAAGAAGAACAUUGAGGGUUUUCAGCUAGGGGUAUAUUUCAUUCUUUCCUUAUGAAUCCAUCAAUGGCAAAAUGCUCAAAAACCUUUAUUAUAUCAUAUUUUACCUGGCCUGUGUUUUGCAUCUCUUUUAUAAACAAUUAUCUACUUCAAAAAACUGAUGGUUUAAGUAAUUUUUAAAUUUAAAACUUCUCCACUUCUUCGAUGUUUCUUUGAUGUAUGAUCAAACCUCACUUAUUUUCUUAUGUCUUACUCAAGCCAUGCAUUCCAGUUUUACUUUGUCCUUAAAUAUACUCAGGCCAAAUCACAGAUGAAAUAUUAAAUAGAAAAGAGCCGUCUUUAACAGAAACUAUUAAAGGCACAGCACAGGGCAAUGGAUCUCAGAGCAGUGUGUCAUUGUGGCAUGCUGUAUGCCACAAACUGUAAAAUGUAUUAAAAGUUUAAAAUCUGUAAUUAAUUGUGCUUACCAUCCUAUUC